UGGAAUCGUAAUGAUGAUUUCUUCAAAUUCACGCGCGGCCGCUUUAUCGUGGAUGAGGCAGAGAACCUGCGAGAACGAGAGGUUAGGUUCGACAUGAACAAGCUCGCACAAGUCGCAGCAGACUCGGUUGGCGCUACUCGAUGCGUUUCUAUCAAGAAGUAUCCGGAUGGCAUGUUCAACAAAGCAUUCCUCAUGUCUAUGGAAAAUGGCCAAGAAGUCGUUGCAAAGGUGCCUAACCCGAAUGCUGGUAUUCCACACUUCACUACCGCCAGUGAAGUUGCCACGAUGGACUUUGCCAGAAGUAUCCUUCAGACACCGACACCCCAUGUAUACACAUGGAACUCGCAUGCAAAAUCACACCCUGUUGGAGCCGAAUUCAUCAUAAUGGAUAAAAUUGAAGGUGUUCCAUUAUCUCAAGUCUGGGAAACCUUGGAACUAUCCGAAAGGCUACCAUGGCUUCUUGCUAUGACAAGUCUCCAGAAAGAAUGGUUAAGUGUUUCUUUCUCACAUUAUGGCAGCCUGUACUACACAAAGGAUGUACAGCCACUGGUAGAUAACCAUAUCAUGAAGAAUGGUAUGAUUAUCAAAGACUCCGACUUUGUUGUUGGCCCGACUAUAGGCCGGGACUGGGUCGAUGCAGGCCGAUCUACUUUGGAUAUCGAGAGAGGACCAUGGAAUUCUUUAACCCAAUAUCUACACGCAAUUGGAAUACGAGAGACACUGGCAAUCAAAUCUUUGAGACCUCCAAAACAGACUACCAUGUUCUGUGGCCCAGGGCUUUAUCAACCAGACGCGGAAAAGAAAAUCACUGCUUUGAAAUUAUUCCAGCAAAUUAUUGAUAUCUUGAUCCCGAGCGAUACCGCUAUCAACGUCCCGUCUCUCUGGCAUCAUGAUUUGCAUACAGACAAUAUUCUCGUGGACCCGCUUAAUCCUGGAAAGAUUACAGGAAUUAUCGACUGGCAAUCUUGUCAGAUCUCGCCUCUUUUUUAUCAUAGCCCCGACCCAGCAUUCAUCGAGUUAGAUGGCCCUGAGCCUAAGACACUCGAUCUAGUGCCAUUACAGGAACUCUCUGGGCUUUCUGCAGAUGAACAAUUCGCAGCCUUAGAAGAGUUCACGAACCUAAAUGUUUUUAUUGGGUGGCGGAACCUUAUGUGGGCCAAAAACCCAAAUCUUUAUCAAGCAGCCGAAUUUCGAAAAACUACAGCGUUCGGCCUGAUGUCCCUUGCCUGCCGAAUGUUUGAGUACGGUGAGGCCCAUUUCCUAUCACUUCUAGUCGAUCUGAAGGACAUAUGGGCGGAACUACCUGCCGUUAAAGAUGAUAUUCCAUUCCCCUUUGAUUUUUCGAGAGAAGAUUUCCAGCGCAUCAGACUGGAUUGCGAUGGGGCAGAAGCAGGAACACAGCUUGUUGGGAUGGUCAAGGAGAGAAUGGGUAAUUUGUGGCCCCAGAGAGGCUUCAUCGGUCUGGAGCAAUACGAUGAUUGCAAAGCAAUUCUUGACGAUAUUAAGGAUCAGACUUUGAAGUACCUGGCUGAGACGGAUGAGGAAAAGGCUGAGUAUGAGCGGUAUUGGCCAUUUGAAUAA